AACCCGUCAGGACGUCAGUUUGCUAUCGCACCGCGACACGGUCGGGUCUUGUUCCGUGAUCGUCACGUACACGUACGCACACGUAUACACGCGCGCUACUCCACGUCAAAAUUCUUUCGGGAUUGGUAACAGUUGCCACGCGAUCGGUAAUCGAUAUAUUUAUACACAUGCUGGAUGCGAGAUGACACUAAUCGCGCGUUCGAAGUUCGCGAUCGUGUGAGAAAAAAGUCACCUAAUCCCCCGUUCGCGGACGAAUGUCCCACUGCAGAUGACACGAGUUCGUUGAAUUUCAUGUGCAAGUAUCCGUUGCACGUGUAAAUAUACGCUAUCUGCGUAUUAAUACGCGGAUAAUCUUCGUAUAAUGCGUACGAUAUUAACAUUGAGAUCGGUGAAAAGUUUCGUGCCCUUGAAGUAGUAGGAAAGUGACUGGAGAUUUGUUGUCCUUCGGAGUGUUCUCGGAAACGAACACAGUGCGCAGAAAAAGUUUGUUGUUGUCUGCGGGCGAAAUCGAGUGAUACGUUUUUGUGACUUCUCGGAUAACACUUGUUGGAAGACGCUAUGUGGGAACAGUUAAGGUACAUACUUUUUUAAACACUUCGAGAAACGUUUCUUGGCUGGAGAUUUGAAUCUUUAACGGUGUAACGUCUACUCGAUCGUGGCAUCGUGCGCGAAUAUAUCCACUGUAGCGCUGAUGUGCGAUCGAGAAUCGAAGGUGCCCUGUAAUCGACCGCGAUAAAUCGUAUAGAAUCGAAACGGAGAUACGAUUGGAAUGUUCCUGAAAGUUCGUCGAAUAUGCGAAAUACAAGUGCACGAUUAAUCGACGCACGUACGCGUAACCGUCGAUGGUUAUCAAGGGAGUUUCAAUUAAAUCUCCCGCGGGGAAGGUCAAGUGCGCUGUGUGAGCGACAUUCAGUUUUCAGUUUUAAUUAAAAUACACCCGAGAUUGCCAUCAACGUGGCUGUGUCUGAAAUUAAUUAGCGACACCUAGAGACAACGACAAAAGCGUAAGGUGAGCAAACGGACAUCGUACAUCUUUGGCCAAUGUACGAACAAGAUAUAUUCUAAAAAAAAGGGCGUCGGUGUGACAGUUGAAUCGAGGGGAGUGUUGUUUUCCGCUCGAAAGACUCGAUAUAUCGAUCGCUGCAAGAUCACCGGGAAAUAAAGAAGAAUAAAGGAAAAAAAAAAGAACAAGUCUCGGUGUGUUUCAUGUGGUUGGAAUUCGCGUGUGCGGCGACUUAACGAGAGAGUUCGAUCAGAUUUUCGUUAAACGCUUUUUCGCGAGUGAUAAAUUGUGUCGUUGCGUGCGGAAAUAGGACAUAAGCAGGAAAGAAGGAUAGGCGAGAGAAAAAGUGGAGAAAAAGUGAACAGCCUUUCAUUCCUCGACGCAUCCACCACGGAGUGAUGAAAGCGGCAUAGCAACGGCAAUAGAGCUCUAUCCAACGUCCAAGAGGCACGUAUUAUGUGAGGUGAAACUUGCAACGAGGCAAACGAAGAUGUCCGCCAUCAGCGUGGCUGCAUGGCUGCUCAGCGCCGUUGCAUUCGCCGCGAUUAAUAACGGAGUGCACUGCUACAGUAUGCUACACGGAAGCAGCGGAAAGAAUAGCAACGUUCAUCAGAACAGCCUGGAUGACAGCAGUACACAAUCUGGUCCAUACUUCGAUAUAUCGAAUUCGAAGAACGUGACCACCAUACUGGGCAAAACUACGUACUUGAAUUGCCGCGUGAAGAACUUGGGAAACAAAACGAUGACGUUGCAGGUUUCCUGGGUCCGGCACAGAGACGUUCAUCUGCUCACUAUCGGUCGUUACACGUACACGAACGACCAGCGAUUCAGGCCGAUUCACAAUGCACAGACGGACGAUUGGACGCUCGAAAUCAAGUAUCCGCAACUGCGGGAUAGCGGCUAUUACGAAUGCCAGGUCUCAACGACGCCGCACAUGAGUCACAUUGUAUACUUGGACGUGAUCGUACCAAAAACUGAAAUCCUGGGCGCACCAGACCUAUACAUCAAUCGAGGUAGCACGAUCAAUCUGACGUGCGUGGUUCUCCUAAGUCCAGAGCCGCCAGCCUACAUAUUUUGGAAUCAUAACAACGCCAUAAUCACCUACGACCCGACCAGAGGCGGCGUAUCCGUGGUCACGGAAAAGGGUGACAUCACCAAGAGUUUUCUACUGGUGCAGGAAGCAAAGCCAUCGGACUCUGGCCGGUACACCUGUAAUCCCAGCAACGCUCAAUCAAAAUCGAUCACCGUUCACGUACUCAAUGGAGAGUAUCCCGCGGCAAUGCAGCACGGCGGUCAAGCCAAACAACCGAGGCUCUACUCUCUUCUGCUCUGUCUGUGUCUGCUGCUUUACUAACCGUUUUAUCCCGGAAACGCUACUCCCCUUCUUUCUUCGCGUGGACGAACGGUAAACGAAAGACUUCCGCCGUGAGAUCCAACGAUCAGGGGUCGAUCGCUGCCCCAUCGAGGAAAGUACGCGCGUUCGUGCAACCGGAAGUCGCACGGUGCGGUGGUGCAGUGAUCCAGCGAACACCUAACCACGACGCCGGUACGUCGAUGAAAUAGUGUAUGCGAACGUUUGCGUCACGUCGGCAGUCAAUACGCGACCUCGUCGACGCUGUUAAAAGUUUCAAAGUUCGAGACGAACUGAUGCGAGAAUUACGUGACAGCCCUGUGAAAGCGCGAGAGUUGGCCCGAAACGUAACGUGGCAUCGCGGGUUCCAUAUGCGCGCGAUCUGAAACGAACUACGACGUCGAGAGCGAUGAUGCGGCAAUGUUUCGACGAUGCAACCAAGUGACUGAUCGUAAUCGAGAACGAACACGUUAGAAUAACGUUGUUUUGACAGUGGGUUGCGAAAUGAAAAAGCUCGGAGCAGCCGUAAAACGGAGCAGCAAACUGAAAGACAAAGAAUCAGCGAUCGAGAGGAAGACACAGAACGGAACAAGCAUCGGGACAAAAGUGAAUCGGAGUAUCAAAGAUCGUCUUUCCUUGCGUUUGAAAAGUGCGUAGAUACGAAAAGGGGAAUGUAGAAGGUAGACGAGUGAAAAAGAGAAAGUACAAAAAGAGAAAGCUAUGUGAGUCAUAGACCGACGGAUUCGUUUUCGUACGUCGUCGGAUCGAAUAGGGUGAAUCGUUGCCACGCAACCGUAAUUUUGAUCGCGUCCAGGGUAUCGCGAUGCUGUACACUAAUAUCGAUAUCUGUUAGGCAGAAGUACGUUAAAGAUCGAAAUGAUUAAGAUCGAAGAGCUAAUGUCUAAGUUCGAUCCGCCUAUAAUCGCGUCCAAACUCGCGGCCUCCACGCUGAAAUCGCUCAGCACCACUUAGUUCCGGAACUGAAGCCCUCGUCACGUCGAUAUUUAUACGCGAUACGCUUUCGAUGGAAACAAUGAGUUGGUGAUCUCUCGUGCGACGAAUGAAACUAAAAAAAAUAAAAUUACAAAAAAAGAAAAGGAGGAUCUCUCUCGAUAAGAAUUCUAGUCAUGUAAGAAUCAACUUCUCGAACUCACACGUUUUUUCUAACGGAUUCAUCUACUCUGCUUUUCAUUCGUUUCACCAACACCACAUUCUAUUCAGUCGUUUCUCUUACGUGUCAUCUAUUUACGUCGUCUCUUUCUCGCUCGGUUGCUUUCAACGCCAACCGGUCACAUGUAAGGCGGUCUAAUUUACGAGACACGAGCAUGAUCGCGAUCCACGUGUUACGUGGAACGGAAGUCAGUAUACGAUUAAGCGUAACGAAUGAAUUUCACAGGCUGACGCACGCUGGCGAAACUCGACUGCGACCGAGCAAUUAAUUUACCGUUAUCACGACUCGAUCAUAAUAAGUUUAUUUACUUCGGCGACCGAUACACACACACACAUACACCACCACGAGCAAAUUUCCACCGUAUGGCAAAACUGACGUUUCACGCAAAUCGAUUAAUGCGGACGGUGUACUUACAUACCACAAAAUUAAACGCCUGUUAAAACGCCGAACCGAAUGUGUCGUUGGCCCAUUGAAUGAAAAAAUGCCCGCCAAGUUCCCCAAAAAUAAAUUAACAGUACGAUGAAUCGAUGUAUUGUUCGAUGGUUAUGAAAAAUUUAUUUUAUGCUAUUAAUGGACUCAUUUUUAUCUUCUUUUUGGUAUCGUGAUAUUUAUAUAAAUACACGCAGAUGUAAUUAUUUUAUCUCUCUGUAAUAUGGCAUUAAAUACUUUGAAAUGUUAUCUCGUUAACCCACUGCACCGUCGAUACGAUGGAUAAAUAUUUUAAUAGCUAAUCCUGGGAGAAGAUGUUUUAUUUGGUAAAUUGAUCAAUCUGAUCGAAACGUUGUAAUUUAUACCGUAAUAAUCUCACCAGAACGAAAUUGAAGUAUCAUGCAGAAUAUCCAAUAUAAUGCAGAAUAUUCAUGCAAUUUUAACGAGAGUAUGAAUUUUAUUUUUCUCACGGGCGUGAAGCAUAGAUCAAUAUCGCGUCUUUUUUUUUUUAAUACCCAAGCCGAAUGAUGGUUCGCGAACAAUUUAUUUCAAAACUCAAUUGCAACGUGCGUCUUCUCUCGUACGGUAAUGUUCGAAACCGCGAACUCGCAUUUUCAUUGUUCCUGGUUUUAAAAAAAUCGUCGACGGUUGUGUCGAGAAAGUCGAUUCGAGGAAUCGAUGGCAUAGAACAGAGCAAAAGAAAAAAGAAGAGAAGCGAACGGGGCCAAAGAGUAAUAGACCGAAGCAAAAUGAAACGGAUGGAACACUCGAUAGAAGGUAUAAGACGCGUUAAAAAUCUGCUAUGAACGUAUUUGUCUAAUCGAUUGGCAGAACGUGAACGAAUAGGAUGCACGCGGUCGAAUUAACUUUCCUAAUUUGCUCCCUUCACGAGCUGGCUAUUCAUCAUCGCCGAGCAAAAGUUCAACUUCGAAAUGGAAUUUGGUAUAAUAGCAUCCGUCAUAAUCCGUGUCACUCACGGGAUAACAACGUUGUUCCUCGUAGCAAAUAAAAAUUUAUUUAAAUCCAUUCACCUAGAAUUUAGCCCGAGAAAAAGUUAGGUCAAACGAACAUUUAUUCAUGGAUUGUUAUUAAACUUUUAAAAGCAUGUGAUUUUAGAGACAACAACGUUACCAAGAGCUUUUUAAAUAUUUAUGUAACAAACCUUUUUAAUCAUUAAUUCCAAGUUCCUGGUUUUUCGAAUUUCAUUCUACAAAUGAAAUUGUCUUCGAAUGCUUUCCAAUUACCAAAAUAAUCCUCUUUGGUUUCUGAAAUGCACGACGGAUUAAUUAGAGCAAACGGUUGGUGGUCUUCUCUGUGUAAAUGCGGGCACACAUAAAAGAUGAUUUUAUGCAUUCUCGAUUCGAUUUGAUCUUUAAAACUCCGGAACAUUCAUAUUCGACGAUACGUUCAAUCCUUCCACUGCCAACAACGAUGAACGAUAUUCGAACAAAAUACAAUAAAAAUAAAUACGAUAUAACUAUCGUAGUAAUCGUGCAUCGAUAUCAGUAUUUCUCGAAAGAUUGCAUUACUCUAUCCACAUAUCAAUCAUAGGAGCGAUACUAACGUCGCGAACGUUUCAGAAAUAAUAUCGCGAAUGUUUGAGAAAUUGAAUUUUUUUCCACGUCGAUUCGAUAAUUUUAAUCUUCCAUCGUUCUUUGGACGAGAAAGUGCACACGUGGAUUGAAAUCUGACUGAAUUGCAGAACAAUCGUCAAUUGCAAAUAUGUAUACAACAAUUACGUAUGAAAUCCGAGCCGAUAAUAAAUCUCGAACGCUUUUAUACUCGACACGAUUUUAUAUAUUGACCUUUUAGGUGGGAUCUUUUCUCCCGCAAUAAUGGAAACGAACGAUCAGCCGUCGAUACGAAAGAAAUGCAAAAUAAAUUGGAAAUGCCGUUUCUUAAGUACGUCCGUAGCCAAUCGUUUGUAACGCAAUUGGAGAAUAAUAAAUUCGAUGCAAAAUAUCUUCUUAAGCGAAUAAAUUAAAUUUAAUGGCGGUUUAAUAGGUGAAACAGGCUCGACAAAAACGAUCGGUUCUUUCUGUCGUUGAAGCUCAUACAAAACAAGGAAACGUCAACUAAUCGGUUUUAUAUCAAAGUUUAUCCUACGGAAGCACAAAUUAUCCGUUCCUCUACAAUUUCAUAAUAUAUUUGUUAUAUUAUAAUUAUUCUAUUAUACUACCAACAGGUAAAACUGUGAUAAUUUACGUUUAAUUUGUAAUACACAAAACGAUUCGUUAUCCCGUUGUUUAUAUAAUUUCAUAGAUCCUUUCUAAGAAAUUUCUAUUUGUGAAUCUAACAAAUUAUUCGAUACGAGGAAAUUAAACAAAAAUGGACUUACGCUCUUCUCGAGAUUGUAUGUUCUUGCUCUUCAUAUGCAAUCAAAUUAUGGGAAUAAGUAGAAAAACGAAGACGAAAGAAUGAGAAAAACUAUGAAUAACGAAUGAACAGGAACCGUGGCGAAUAUUUUAAUCCGAGGACCUAGCCAACGAAACGAAGGUCGAGUAAUAUCUACUGGUGAACAAACGUGAUUAAAAAACUUUGCCUGAGUCAUAAUGCAGCGGGUUGAUUACAUGUAAGAACGUUUCCCUGCUGACUACGUGAAUAUAAUCGCAUCUCCAUAACGUCCACGAUAUCACGAGAACCUCACGAGAAAUAAUGAUUGCUGGUUCGAGCUUGAUUUUGGCUUGUUCUUACCCCUUCCGUUUCAUAGUGUGCUGUUGGAUCGCGCGCGAUUGCGGUACAUUUUUUUUCCUCCCUGAAAAUCGGACGGUUUCUUCACAAAAGGGGGGAAGGAACGAAAAAAAGCGUCGAGGGAAAAGAGAACGUGAAACGGGUGAAAAAAAAAAGAUUGAAGGAAGGGAACGAGAGAGAGACAGACAGACAGACAGAGAAAGAAAGAAAAAGAAAGAGACGAAAAAAAAGAAAGAACAUAGGAAACAAGGGCAAAGACGGCGGUAGCGGCUGCAACAACGCCGGCAUUCGCCGCUGCUCCGCCGCCAUUUAUCAAGCUAAACGCGAGGUGCACCGCAUAAUGUUCACGCCGAGGUUCUCCACCCUCGGCCCUUGAGUAGAGACGCCUGCAUUGCAUACUGUGCUCAUGUAUCGCCACAGAAAUUCGUGUGCUCGCGCGUACAUCUACACACACAGUGUACACACGCAGACAUACCUUCCCAGAAACGCUCGAAUUACGGACGAUUAAACGCUGACCGAUCGGAAUCGCUACCUGACCGUUGCUCUCUGCUUUCACGAUCGCUCAUCCAUUGUAGUACUAACAUUAAAGGAUUGAAGUCGAUGACUCGAUACAUUUAACGUGAAUAAACAUUUUAGAAUUAUUUGUAAAAUAGUUUUGCUUUCCUUCUUUCGAACGUGAGAUUGAAAGUGCAUUAUUUAUGGAUGAUUCUUUAAAUCUUUCUUUUUUGUUUCGUAUUGGUGGUAAUAUAUUGUGACGAAAUAUUAUUUUAAUUGUAGCCUUAAGUUUGGUUUCUGAUUCAACAUCGCUGAUUAUCUUUGAUGCUUCAAUAUUUAUCGAUUAUUAAUAGAUUAUCUGGUUCAGCAUCAUCCAAAGAUCCAUAAAUAUUUAAGAAAUGAUGUCUCCAUACGACUUUUUCCUAAGGAAUUAUCGAAAUAAAAAUAAAAAACAUAUGAAAAUAAUUGACAAGAAAAUGUAAUUUCCUUCGAUACGAAGGUGCAUUAUACAUCUGUAUACCGAUGGUACCUGAUAGAUUGAUAUCGUGGUAUACUCCAUUUCGAAUUAAUUCCGGAGCUAAUUAACAGCUAGUCAUGGGUUAAGAUUUGAUUUAUGAAAUUACGAAAUAUUAAAUGGUCAUAAAUCAUUAAUAUUACUAUACCAUUUUACUGGAUGUAGUCGUACUUCAGUUUCGGAUAAACUCGUUAGCUCUUGAUACCUGUUAACCGCGUUUAGGAAUAAUUUAUGACUAUGGAAAUUCAUGUCCCUCGAAAUUAUAUCUUUGUUACGAUGGCUAAAAGGACGACGCGACGCGAUAAAGUGCGCCGUGGUGCAAUACAAAAGCUCGUGGCGUUAUAAAAUAUUACGUUACGAUAAGGCGCUAUUAUUCUCGUUUCAUCGCGUUAGAUAUAAUGUUACAUCACUGGCAUAAAUUAAUGAAUGGCUAUCGUUUGUUAUUUAGUAAUAUUUUAUUCUAAGAAAGACGUCCUGGAAAUAACUGACAUUAUUCUUCAUUAUCAUUAUCGUACGAACAAUAUGUUGAAGAGAAAAUACAGAAAAUUAUCCAUAAAAUUUCACAGCGUCGGAAAAUUUUUCAUCCCUAUAAUCUUCGUAAAUUUCGUUCGUUGAUAAAAUUUUAAUUGCAAUAAUUGUAGUCGAGUAUUGGUAUCGCUGUAUUUUGCGAUAAUUUAAUAGCAAAAAGAAGCUUACUUCUCCUUCGAUACAAGAGAACGUACCAAAAGGAAAAGCGUAGAUCAAAUAGUGAUGUUGAAAUAAAAUGACUGCGCGACAUGCAACGGAAAUUUAUCGAUAUUUCCAUCCGCGUUCUCCUUUUUACGAAUAUCACGAAUAGUUUCCAUAAAUACGAAACGAAACAAUAUCUGCCGUGCAAGUCCAGCAGCCUGUCCCUUCUUUCAGUGUCGGAAAAAUCUGCUUUAAUUGAGAACUAAAUCUGUUUUACUCGAAGCUAAAUGAAAAUAUUUGCUCUCUGACGUUGAACUCCCUAACAAACAUCGUUAUUUAACUUGCUCGGAAAGUAUAAAUAUAUAUAUAUAUGUAUAUAUAUACAUAUCGUCGUGCAAAGAGACACGUAUAUAUACAUAUAUGCAUGUAAUGCAUGUGUAGAGAAAGAAAGAGCCGUUGCAAAAGGAGAAUCAGAAGAACCAGGCGACCAUGAAAAGACAUCUCUGCCCAAAGGAGAGGAUAUAUAUCUCGGACUUCUUCAUUUAACGACGACGAUGGUCAGUUCUCGCAGUAUUCGCCACGAUUCACAAGCGUUGGAAUAAAAAUUCAUAGGAUUUUGCCGGUCUGAAUUAUGAAUGCGAACAUUUUAAUCAUUGCCACGCCAGUGGCGGAGAAAUGGUCGGGUCACAAUUAUAUAAACUACCGUGUAUCAUACAAAUGCAUCUAAACUUUUGUGCCCGUGUAAUUUCCAGGUUAUACGGGAAACCAGCAACCGGUGUAGAUUAUAUUGAAAGCGUUCGUGGCUCGGUAUUGUUAUUUCCAUGGUCGUGCCGGUGACACUAAAAAUAACGUUUAUUUCUGCCGGCGAUAAAUACCGAAGGAAAAGCUCGGACGGGAAACCGGCGAAAGGAAAAAGGAAAAUAUACGAAAGGACAGUUGCUUGGAUAAACAAAGAUAAUACCCGAGCCCGACCUUAUUGAUCGUUUCUCGUUAACGCGACACUAACCGUCUACUACUUAUUUUCGUAAACGGUCGUAGAAGCUUCCACGUCGUUCAGCGUGUAACGUGUGCGCACGAUCAGCGAACACGGAGAACCAUUUCGCGAAAAUAGAAACGAAAAUACGAAUCUGCACGGAGGAGAGAAAUUUUGACAGUGAUUCAUGCCCGCGUGUAACCUAUUUCUAUUCGAUUCGCUAUCGAAAUAUUCUGCUUUUCUUUCCGAUAUUUUUUAUUUCUCAAUCCUUUUUUUUUCAUACCGUCUACUUUUUCCUUUUUUCUUUCUUUUUUUUUUUAUUAAAAGAAGUUAAAGCGAAGGGUAAGCGACCCAGAUUAAAAGUGAACUGGGAACGAAAAAGAUUCGAAAAUGUGUUUUACAUCGUACAAAGGGAGCGUAGAUAAAGAUGGGAAAAAGAGAACGUAGGAAAAUGAGAAGACGUCUGUCCAUAAAGAGAAGGAUAGUACUCGUCUUGCUUUAACGACCAUAGCUACAUCACGCUCGCCACGUCAUUUAUUCCCCGAGAAAUGAAGAUAUCGCUAAAGAAAUAUGUACAUAUUUGUCUUUUGUCACGGCCUGAAAAAUAAUCACAAAUAGUGUUGGCAAGAUGCGGGUACCAUAGCCAGUUGACUAUUACUCUGUCGUCGUGUACAACAGGGAAUAACGAACGCGAGACAGAUUUUAACGAUCGUUUUUCUACGUUUGUGUCUUCCUGAAAAUUCAUCUCGAUAGAUUUAUAGCAGAAAAUUAAAAAUGAUUUAUAAUUAAUCAAAACUAUUUAAACAUAAAAAAUAAUCAAAUAGAAUACCAGCGGUGUUAUGAUUUUAUAUUUCAUUGCCUUCAAACUAAGAAACAUUUAUCUAAGCAGUUUAUUAUUUAUACUCUGUAUAUUCUUAAAAUUCUUUUCUAACUGCUCGUAAUUUUCAAUCGUAUUAAAUUAGUUGCUUAAAAUGAUUUCUUCUCAUAGAAAUUAUUAUGCGGAAAAUAACAAAUAAUAAACGAAAAUUAUCUUAGAGAAUAUAUUCCGAAAUAAAAUAUCACAUUUCAUAAUAAAUUAUCAAUGACAACGUAACAGUAAACCACGAUUGCAAAAUAUUUUCGAUUAUUACUUUUGUUAUAAUAACCAAAAGCUAAUUACAGGUUUAAUCUUAUUACGUGUAUCUGACAUAAAGAACGGUGUAUCAGAUGAUGCGACGCAUGAGAUCGAUAAUGCAUUAACCGUUCCCGGGGGGUAUGUGCAAUUCCAUUUCGCGUUAAUUGACGAUUAAUUUCAAAUUUGCAAUUUGGAACUUAUAACUCCAACUUCUAUUUUAUUAUCGUGUAUGUUAGAACGUGUGCAAAAUCGAUGAAUUAUUUUUGCUCAACAAAAAGAUACAUAUCUCGUCAUUCAUCAAAACACGUACAACUUCCAACCAUGACUUUUAAAAAAUAUGCCAAGCAAUGUUCAUUUUUAUAAUAACGGUGAAACUAAGUAUUUCUGAAAAGAAUUGCUUCUACAAUGCGAUUCUUAUACUUCAUUUUUCUUAGGAUCAAAAAGACAGGAAAACUGAUUAUUAGAGAUUAGUAAAUUGGAAAGACGAAUUCUGUCUAUUUCAAAAUUGUUUCUAUAUUAUCCUUUAUAUCCAUACAACGAUAUCCAACAUGUUUUAGUCGAAAGAAAAUUUAUUUGAGACCGUAAACAAACUGAGAACCAAUAAUCAACAUAUUCGAAAAUUUCAAGUAAUGGAAGCGUACAGCAAUUUAAUCUUGAUAUUUUUGCUGUAUACGUUUGCCUGAAAUGUAUGGCUAUUUAUGAACGAGCAAGAUUUCAAUUUACAACUUCCAUAAUCAUAAUAAAAAGACGUGAACGUGGUCUAGAAACGUAAUUUGCAUCGGUAUGCAUCACGUAAUUCGCGAUGAAUUUUCUCUCGACGUUUAUGAGUAACGUUGAAAGAAAUGUUAUUACGAGUUUGGAGUAAAAAGACAUUGACAAGCUUUAUUUCAUUCCGACGAAAAUCUAGGAAAUAUCUUCAAAUUAGUUUCAAUUUGUAUGACUUUUCGACAAUUGAAAGAUUAUAUUAUUAUUAAUUUAUUUAAGAGAUUGUGUUAUCAAGCAUGUUAAUUAUAUACACAAACCUUUCUUACAACCUAUCUCGGUUAUUUAUAUUCGUAUCUUAUAUUUCCUUUAAUAUAACUUUCUUAAUAAAUCAAAAUAAGUUAAGCCAAUCAGACAUACGAAAGGAAUCUUAACUCGAUGAAUAAGUAACUUACAUUAAACGAAAUACUGCAACUGUCAAUGUAUAUCGACAACUACAUUACAUGAAUACUAAUGAUGUGAUCCUACAAACUUCGAAUGUCUGACUAUAAACGUCUGUAACCACUUAUCGUUCGAGCGUUCAUCUACUGCAACUAUUUAUCCUUCGAUCGCACCAAAUAAUAUAUGACACCAUAAUUUCGAAAAUUCUUUCAUCCACGGCAUGCAUAAUAUCACGCAAUAACAUUCACAAACUUUUAGGGAAAAAAAAAGCAGGUAACAGAAUCAGUCACGGCUGAAAAGAGACAAAUUAUACCGGGUUCAGAAACACAUUUAUCAUCGUAGCCAAUCUAGAGCGAGGCGUGGAUGUAUUUUUCGUGUAUACUAUUUCGGUUUGCAAUUCCAAUAGGUAAAUCACGGGGAGCGGUGUGCCAAAUGUGUCGUUGCAAACUGGAUUAGUAUUCACCGCGACACGCGACCGACCAAGAGAAAUCUACAUGCCGUUUUAUAAGCUUGGCGUAUCGUGCAUCGAAUGAGAAACAACCGGAAGAUUCGUCAAACAUCGCCGUACACCGGUAUCGAAAGCAAUUUGCCUAUUUUAUCGCGAAUUUACAAUGCGUUUGGUGCAACUCGUUUCGCUUGUGUUACCGUUGAAAAUUCCAUCGUAUUCGUAUUCGCACGCGAUUCAAACGUCCAAUCAGACUUUCACGCUAUAACCGUGCUCUACGUUUUUACGGAAUCGUUGUAAACAUUUUCUACGAAACGUGUAUUCAAUAAUAAACAUUUAAUUGAUCGAGCAUUCACGAUAAUGCGCGAAAUUGUCUGAAGAAGGAAAGACGAGCAUUCCGGCAUUGCGAUCGAGUGUAUACAAGAACUCGAAACAAUUUAUCAUCGGCUGUGUCCCGGGGUUAAAUUGACACCAAGUGAUAGAUACUUGAAUCGACGGUGUUAUUUGCGUAUGUGUGAAACGUAAAGGGUCAACGGCGGGCCGUAUAACUCUCUUCCUAACUUCGCAAAUCGUCGUGGAAAUCGUACUCUGCUGUGCAUUGCAGUGUUCUCGACCCUUUCGCGUAAGAAAGAAAAGUAUAGUAAAAAUGAAGUUAAGAUAUGAAAAAAAAAAUGUAUACACGAAUUUUGAUAAAUUCAUCUGAACGUUACUUCAAAGAGAAAAAAAUAUCGUAGUCGUUACUUAUAAGAGAAACUUACUGAUAAGAGAAAUUUUGUAUAUGUUCGAUUAAUUAAAAAAAAAAAAAAAAUGUUUUAUCCGUGAAAGGGUUGAAAAGAGAGGAGACAAUAGGAUUGCCUUUUCAUCGCUUCAGCCGAUUCGUAUCGACGAGUUUCUAAACUAGUCUGAUUAAUCGACGAUGAUUAACGAUCAGUGUACCUUCCUCGGAUGUAAAUAUGUAUGAAAAUACCGUUUAGUUGUUUAGUUCGCUUAGACAAUAUCUAACGACGACGACAUGCCGCAUGACUGUUACACUACGAUUCGUUUUGUAUGAUACGCUGUAUAUGUAUAUUUUGACCAACCGACGACAAUUAUUAUUGUAAUCGUUAAACGAAAGGAAAAGAAAAAAGAUAGGAAAGAAACUAUAGGAGAAUUUGGCGUGAACGUGGGGAAAGAAAGCGAAGGAAGCGACUGUAAUCACCUAUCAACGUCGAAAAAGAUAAAUGGUACGUCGUCUCACGAUAUAAUCAUCAUGUAACAUAAGAGCUCUGGUAGUUUGACAAAUCGAGUGUAAAAGAAUUACGUCUACACAUUAUAUCGAUAUGCGUAAAACUAUACACCCGUAAACUAAUUGUAACACAACAUUACUGUCGUUGUAACGUUAUCGCCUAGUCAGUGUAAAAAAAUACAAAAGGGAGAGAAAAAAAGAAAAGCAAAAGACAAGAAAAAAGAGAAGGAAGGACAAAGUGAGAGAGACACUUAAUUGGAACCGUAUCGGGAGAACUGUGAAUAUAUAUUUACCCGUAUACCGAUCGUUAUUUCUCGUGUGCACGCGCGUGUGUAUGUGUGCGUGCGUGACUGUGUGUACAUCAUUAUGAGCGUUUUCCUCGGAAAAAUAUGAAAAAAAAACAAAAGAAAGAAAGAGCGUAGAAGAAAGGAAAAGGUAGAACAAAACGCGUGUCUGUGAUUGUGGCUUUUCUAAAUCCUUUGCAAAAGCUGUAUCAUACAACAGGUAGUGACGGCCGGCUGUUUCUAGCAGGCCGGUAAAGUCAAAAAUAUUCGAAAGUCGCGCUCAUAACGGGGCACAUCGUAUGAAUAAAACCGUAGUAGCACUCUCGCGGUGUUUCAUUUGUCACGCUGACUACGAAAGGAAAAUGUUCGUGGCUCUCUUAUGAGCCAGUUUGCCUUGCUUUCGUUUCUCGGUCAUAUUUUCGCCGAUCGUACGUAUAUUAUUUUCUCGUGCCGAUACUAGUGGAUUUUCGAGUACUACGAAGAAGGUGGACACAAAAAGAUGAAUUUUUGGUAAUUAUUUACAUCGAGAUUAUAAAAUUUCGCGAUUCGAAAGAUAUUGAGAUAUUUUGUCAAUCUCCCGAGAAAUUUUAGGUAUAUACAUAGCCGUCACUGCAGUUUACUUUCAGGCAUAUGUAGAUUUAAAUACCAAGAUCAUCGAACAUCGAAAGUAAAGAACUUGUUCUAGUCUUUGUUCGAGUUCUAUUUCUUUAACCAUGUCGAUAAAAAUGAAAAUUUGUAUAGAUAUCCGCGGUCUAAUCAGAUUAGCAAGUGUCCUAAUAUUUAUGCGCGAGAAUGCGUAUGCAAAAUUACCGAGAACAUUAAUGUUGACUUUUAACACCAUAAAUAUCAGUGGAGCGUAAAUCGUUGUAAAUAAUUACUGAAAAAAUGGCGAAGUUCCUCCGGUCUUCAAUGGGAAAAACCGUCAGUUGGGUUGUUAGUUCUACAAAAAUUAAAUUGGAGUAUCGUCCACCGAGUCUCCGUUUGUCAUUAAAAUUCAUACCCGUGCGGUGUUACGAUUUAUGAUACAGCGAUUGCUGUCGAGCUGCAGAAAACGUUUGCGUUUCUUUCUACGACAAACAAACGGCCGCAUCGUGCGAGGGAGAGGAGGCAAAAGGACAACGUAUGUUCGAGCGUGUGCGCUCCGAGCGAGAACGGGUACGUGUAAAUAGUCGUUAGAGCUGGCGUCGCACGUCAAAACGAACAGGGAGGGUGGAAAAGAGAGAGAGAGAGAGAGAGAGAGAGAAGAUAAAAAUAGCAUAGAGAAGGCUACGGACUGAAUCCAAGUGGUCUCGGACCGCGAUCCACGGAAAAACUUCCGCAAAUUUCGAGGGAAUAAUGGAUCAUCGCGCGAUGAAAAGAAAAUUAAGUCGUAAAGUUUCCACUCUCGAAUCUGCGACGCUUUUCCCCGCGGUACGAAUAGACUUCUAAUUGUGAAUAUGUAAGUAAGUAGAGUGAGAGCGCCGGAUAAAAAUGAAGUUUAUUCGAGAAAUUAAGAAGCUUGAUUGGAAAGAUUAUAGAAGGUAAGAAGGCGUGGUGAGAGACGGGCUUAAUUCGUUCAAUGGAGCCGUUCGUUUCGUUAGAAAGAGAGGGGAAGGCGGCAGGGAAAGUGCAAAGGGAUGAGAAACGAAUGAAACGCGAGGAAAUAGGAAUAAAAUGCGAAUAAACGAGGGAAAACGAUGAAAGGAGAGUCUGUAUAUUAUUGCUCAUCGACACGGUUUGCACAAGCGGAAUUGGCCCUUCGAACAUUUUCUAAAAGUUCCCUGUAACGUAGUCGCGUUCUCGCUAAAAAUUGUUUUCCGUGAUCGUUAAGUUUCCUCUAAUCGAAAAGAACAAUUCUUCGUGAAAAAUUAUCGAUGAACCUAUCGUUACUGCUCGAGAUUACGUCUAUGCACGUGAGACUAAUAAGCGCCAUCGAUCCAUUCGAAUAUGACUGGAACAAAACGGCUCGUAUUAUUCUGUCCUCGAUUAAUGGACUGCGAUAUCAAUAUCAAUCUGCCCGCAUUUCAUUCGUAAUUAUUCAUCUCGUGUCGAUGUUGGAACGCUCCCGACCGACUAUCAGGAAAGCAUUGAUCACUGGUACCUACUCGAAAUAUGGGUCCGUUUGCAUUUUGUUGCUCGUUGUUUUACAUCUGGCAUGCCCUUUUGUAUCGUUUAUUACACCGGACUCGGUUCCCGUUGCAUAUCAUUAACCUGCGUUCACGGUGUACCCCUUCGCGUAUAAUAUGUUCAUCCUUUCUAUCUUGUAUCCGUGUUUGCUCCCUUUGGACCUCGAAAUGAUUUCGAUUAGCAAAGCAGGGAUUUGCGGAGCAACACGCUUGUUAUCCGAAGAACAUCGAAACACGUAUUACCCCUGAAACGUGUAUUCCAGUUUGCUGUCAGUGCUGUGACAACACUGACAGGCCAGUCCUCUACCGUAUAUAACUUGAAUAGCCAAUAAAUCGAAUAAAAAGCGACCGCAUUGUAUGAAUUUCGUCCGGCUGCCAGUUCAUACCACGUGAGCCGCAUUCGAGUGUAAGAAUCGAACAAAAAAGAGAAAAAAAGAGAGCGAGCGAACGAACGAGCGUGUGUACGUGUGCGUGCGAGCGUGUAAAUAUUGUCGAAUUACUUCAAUUAAUCGGGACUCGAUCGACACGAGCGUUCACUUUAAAUGUAACGAAGGAAAAACGAUGUAAGCUAGAAUAUAACGUGGCACUCGACGCGAAUCGAAAAGAAGACUCGAUUCACUUGUACAUCCACUUUAGGUUUUUAAGUUAACACCAAUCGACUGCCAAUCUAGGGCACGGCGAUCAACAUGGAACAAAAUGAACAAAAAAUGAAAAAAACGAAACGACUUUCACAUCUGUUUUACAUCUAACGACAAAACUUCUUUUGCGUUCUCAGACACGCCGUACCACUUAUAGAUAGGCUAAAAAUAUACUUAUUAAGUGUUUCGUCUAGCCUACGAUGUAUAUUGUAUCUAUAAUCAGAAAUAAAUUAUCGAUCGUAAAGUUC